UAAUAGGUAGAGCCUAACUUCAUCAGCUUGAACAAACAUGGCUUUGUCUAUGCAAGCUGUCUUCAGCUUAAACCGGUCUUUUUGCAGGCGUAGAAUUCUCAAGCAUCCCCAAGUGAGAUCCCAAUUCAAGGAUGAUCAUCAAGGAAAGUGGGCAAAUAAUAACAUUGUGGAUGCGAAUUUGAGAGUUCUAACAGAAAGAAUAAAGGAAUUGAGGACAAAGGACAGCUUGAACAAAUGCAUGAUGUUGAGGAAUAUAGGGUGGAAUUAUAAGUAUAAUUAUGGUAAAAAAACUAAGGGCUCAAUCGGCGGUUUAGUGGCUGAAUCCUUAGUGUUCAUGGGUUUUGCAAGUGGUGUACUUGGGCUUGUUUUUCUUGGAGGCACUCUUUGUAUCUGCUUAGUUUUCCUCAUUGUUCAGCUCACGGCCAAAUGAAGAUUAGUAUACUGACUUGAUUAAGGUAUUUUUUGUGAAUAUUAUUAUAAUAGGUGUUUGUCUAUUCUAUAUAUGCUUGCUCUUUUAUAUAUGUAUUAUGGUAACUAUAUUUAUGGGUUUGUGUUCGUUAUAGAGAUAUUUAUGAGGUGGGAGAGAUUUUGUACCCACCAAUGGAUGUUAGAAGCGCAAUGGAGAUAAAAAUCCACCACUUUUCAUUUGAAAGCUGGCUGAUCAAUUACCCCAGUAAA